GGUGGCCCUGGGUUCAGCAGAGGCACUGGAGAGUGGCCAUGACAUGUUCCUGGAUAAGCCCCACUGCGUGCAGGACCCUGGGAUAAGACCAUCCUCUACCCCUGGGGGCGGGAGAGUCACCGUGUGCUCUUACCGGUCAGGGUCCCCACGGGAGGCCGCUGACCCAGUCACCCAGGGCACAGGAUCCAAACUCAGACACUGCUUGGAGAUGCUGUCCCCGCUGCUGUCCUUGCUGCUGUCCCCACUGCCGCUGGCCCUGCUGUUGCUGGUUCUGCUGCUGCUGCCACUGGCCAUGCUCAGCUCGCUGUGGCCUGAGGGUGCCCGGCCGUCCUGGCUUUCUGGCCUCCAGUACUGGGGGGCCCAGGAGGCCCUGGGCCGGGCAGCCGCGUGGCAGCAGCAGAAACUAGAGCAGAGCACGCGGCUCGCCAGCCAGAGCCAGCAGCAGGCCCUGGAGCGGUGCCUGCAGGGAGCCUCGGGGUCCCGAGGGUCCCUCCCGGAGAGCACAGACUUGAACACCUUCCGGAAGCAUCUCCCUCUGAGCAAGCCUGGCCAGGCCCAAGCGGAUGAAAGUGGGGGGCAGCACCUCCCCCCAAGCUCUGAGCAGCGCUCUGGGGAGGCAUCUUUGCAGGCCACCUUGCUGGGUCUGGCCGCCCUCCACAAGGCCUUCCCGGAAGUGCUGGCUCCAGGAAGCAGGGCUCAGGUGACCCCCUCAUCCCCCUGGCUGCACCCACUCCCCUGGCCCUGCCAGGUUCUAGCCCCCUGCAGGGCCAGGGACCCCCAAGUCCUGCUCUUGGAGGCCCUGAGGUCCCCGGGGCUGCGGGCCCUGGAAGCAGGGACGGCUACGGAACUCCUGGAUGUCUUCUCAGGCCUAGAGGCCGAUGGGGACAUGCUGGCCGAGGCACUGGCCACAGGGACAGCAGGCACACCCCUACCUGGCCGGGCAGCUGAGCUGCGGGCCGCCCUGGAGCACGGGCCACGGGGACUGGCCCUGCGGCUGUGGCCGCGGCUGCAGGUGGUGGUGACGCUGGACGCAGGCGGCCAGGCCGAGGCCGUGUCUGCCCUGGAAGCGCUGUGGUGCCGGGGGCUGGCCUUCUUCUCUCCGGCCUAUGCUGCUGCCGGAGGGGUGCUGGGCUUGAGCCUGUGGCCGGAGCAGCCCCGUGGGCUGUACCUUCUGCCCCCCGGAGCACCCGUCAUCGAGCUGCUCCCCGUCCAGAGAGGCGCCCAGGACGAGACCACUGCCCCUGUCCUUCUGGCCGAGGCCCAGGAGGGCCAGGAGUACGAGCUGGUGCUGACUGACCACACCGGCCUCACCAGGUGCCGCCUGGGCGAUGUGGUCCUCGUGACCGGUGCUUAUAACCAGUGUCCUAUUGUCCGGUUCAUGGGCAGGCUGGGUCAGGCCCUGAGCGUUCGAGGAGAGGAUGUCAGUGAGGACACGUUCUCUGCGGCCCUGGACCAGGCGCUGAAGCAGUGGCCAGGAGCCAAGCUGCUGGACCAUGGCUGUGUGGAGAGCAGCAUCCUGGAUUCCUCCCAGGGCUCUGCACCUCACUAUGAGGUCUUUGUAGAGUUGAGGGGGCUGAGGAACCUGUCAGAGGAAAAUCGAGACAAGCUCGACCACUGCCUCCAGGAAGCCUGGCCUCGCUACAAGUCCCUGCGCGCCUGGGGCAGCGUGGGCCCGGCCAGGGUACACCUGGUGGGGCCUGGGGCCUUUGGGGCCCUCCGGAAAGCCCUGAGAGCCUGCCCUGAGUCCCCCUUCCCUCCCGAGAUGCCCCGGGUCCUGCGGUUCCCGGGCCUGGCCCAGGUCUUGCAGAGGAGGGUGUUGUCCUGAGUGCAGCUGCUGGGCCUGCUGGAGGCCCCUGCCCCCUCACCCCCCAGGAGGACGCUCUAGAGCGUCUCUCAUCUGCAGGCCACCGGGCCUCUGUGCAGUGCCCCAGGCAGCCUGGCCCUGCCCCAAUGGCUGAGAAGCAGUGGGCCAGCAUGGGAGUCAGCAUCACGGCGGUGCUUGUUGGGGUGAGCUGAGGUGCUCUGGGUCCACAAGAUGCACACACACAGCAAUAACCCCCACAUUUGCCUUACUGGUCUUGGGACUGGAG